GGAAAAUUGGUAAUAGAGUACACCCCCAUCUAAUACGGUUGUAAAAAAACCCGUACUAUAAAGGGAUAGAUAAAUAUAAUACACACAAUUGUACAUCUAAUACGGUUAAUUGCAGCAUCUAAUACGGUCAAUGAGAUGUACUAGAAACAAAAUCAAAUAACUAAAAAAAUACGCCCCCAUUUUGAUUAAGUACGACUAAUACAUAAAUUGAAUACGGCUAAUACCUAAAUUGAAUACGCCUCCUCCUCCUCACAUACUUCCUCCUCCCACACUAAUCGGUCCUUCAUCUCCAUCUCCCCUGUCGCAACACCAUCAUCAUCGCCUUGCCUCGCCUCGCCUCGCCUCGCCUCGCACCUCCAAUAAUUCAACCAACCUGAAAAUCCCACCACCGGACCUGCGGUUCAAAUUUAAAGGAAAAACAAGAGCAAAAAUACAAAUACAAAGGAACUACAAUUGUUCACACGAAAGACAAGGAAGCGUUUUGGCUUUGAUGGAGAUGCAAAAUCAAAUGAUGUAUCGUGAAACUUGGAUGUAUGGACUACCACGGGCUAGCAGUGAAUAUUUACAUAACGUCAAGAAAUUUCUUAAAGUUGCUGAGGAUCAUCGGGUGCAUAGAGGAGAAUCUUACAUUUGGUGUCCUUGUAAAAUGUGCCGAAAUUGUAAAAAGGUCUAUGAUUUGGAUAUAAUAGAAGAACAUGUGAUAUGUGAAGGAUUUAUGAAUGGAUAUACGUGUUGGUCACAACAUGGCGAGUUAUUGAUUGAUCAUAACACAAUUGAUGUUGAAUCUAGUUACGAUGAUAUAGAUGAUUCAGAAGAUGACAUCCAUGAUAACCUAGAUGACAUGUUACAUGAUAUUGAAGAUAAUGUGCCUGAUAGAGAUUAUGAAAAAUUUCAACAGUUGUUUGAAGACGUUGAAAAACCGUUGUAUGACGGCUGCAUGAAAUUUUCCAAGCUUUCUGCUGUCCUGAAAUUGUUUAACCUAAAAGCAAAUAAUGGUUGGAGUGAUAAAAGUUUCACAGAACUGUUAGGGGUUAUACAUGAAAUGCUCCCUGAAAGUAAUGAGUUGCCUGUUUCACUAUACCAAGCGAAAAAAAUAAUGUGUGCAAUGGAUUUGGAAAUCGAAAGAAUACAUGUAUGUCCAAAUGAUUGUAUGUUGUAUAGAAAUGAGCAUGCAAAUCUACAUGAAUGUAUUACAUGUGGAAGGUCGCGUUAUUUGUGGAAGAAACAAACAGAAUAUAAUAGUGAUGUGACAAAGAAUGGCCCCCCUGCCAAGUUAUUAUGGUAUUUGCCCAUUGUACCAAGACUGAAACGAUUGUUUGCAAAUGCCAAAGAUGCAGAAUUAUUACGUUGGCAUGCUGAGAAGCGUAAAAGAGAUGGAAAGAUGAGACACGUGGCUGAUGCUCCGCAAUGGAAGAACAUUGAUCAUGAAUUUGAAGAAUUUGGUAAUGAGAUUAGAAAUCUCCGAUUCGGACUUAGUGCAGAUGGAAUUAAUCCGUUCAAACACAUGAGAAGUAGUCACAGCACAUGGCCGGUUCUUCUUUGCAUAUACAAUCUUCCACCGUGGUUAUGUAUGAAACGGAAAUACAUCAUGAUGUCAUUGCUAAUUCAAGGUCCGAAACAACCCGGUAACGAUAUUGAUGUGUUUUUGGCUCCAUUAAUUAACGACAUGAAAGAAUUAUGGAACUCGGGAGUUGAAGUCUAUGAUGCAUUCAAGAAAGAGUAUUUCCAGCUACAUGCAAUGAUUUAUUGUACUAUAAGUGAUUUUCCAGCUUACGCAAAUUUGUCCGGAUAUAGUACAAAAGGAAAGAAGGCGUGUCCAGUUUGUGAAAAGGACACACAGUCGAUGUGGUUGAAAAACUGUAAAAAAAAUGUAUACAUGGGACAUCGACGAUCACUUCCAAAGAAUCAUUUGUAUCGUACCCAGGGAAACUUGUUUGACGGUAAAACCGAGGAUGAAGAUAUGAAUCUCCCAAUGGAUGGAAAAAUGACAUUUUCCCAAGUUCAAAAUUUAAAGAUUGUUUUUGGAAAACGCAGUAAAAACAAUCAGCCGACCAAUUGGAAGAAAAGGUCUAUUUUUUGGGAAUUACCAUACUGGAAAACGUUGGAAGUCCGACAUUGUCUUGAUCCCAUGCAUAUUACGACAAAUGUUUCUGAAAGCUUAACAAGCUUGUUGUUGAACAUUCCAAAAAAAUCAAAGGAUGGGCUUAGUGUUCGAGAUGACAUGGUUGCAAUGGGAAUUCGUCCAGAGCUUGCUCCUAUUAAGAAAGAAGGAAGACGUACAUAUCUACCACCAGCUUGCUAUACAUUGUCUAAAGAUGAGAAAACAAAGUUUUGUAAAUGCCUACAUGGUAUCAAGACUUGA